AACUCGAGAGAGCAUCACGAACUCCAUCAUCCUUGGUGGUUCCCGUCCCUCGGAAUCCACACCUCGUCGUCGUUCACUUACACCACGAUAACAAACGGGUUCUACAGCCGCCACCAUGGCUUCCAAAGUCGUCACCGGCGUGGUCAAGACCACCGCAGGCGGCGUUGUGCCCGUCAGCCAGAAAUACACUGUCCAAUCCGUCGGCGUCUGGGAGCGCAUCCGCCGCGCCUUCGCUAUCGACCCUAACCGCUCCAACGGCGUUCCCUUGGUCCCCUACAACCGCAAUCCGUCCCCCGGCUCUCUCGACCCCUUGGCCUACGAUGAUCCCGUCACCAUUCCGGCCGGCGACAUCGCCGACAACCCGUACUGGAAGCGCGACGCUCGGCGCAACUACCCGCGCCUGAGCGUGGUGGGCCAGGCCGAGGCUGUUGCCUUGCUCAGUGUUGGCAGCGCGAGCCACCCCCGUGUCGAGCUGGUGGGCGAGAACGGGAGCAAGCAGCUGGUUGCGGCGCAGGAGGCUGGCAAGACGGGUGGUUUGGCCAAGUACUUUGAGGGAACCGGUGUGGAGGCUGGUAAGCUUGUGUUGGCGGAGACGGGAGGUCUGCCGCCGUUGCCCAGUGGUGAGAAGCUGGGGGAGGGCGGCAAGUGGGAUGUUUACAAGUAUCAGUUGGCUGAGGAGCCUUCUUAUUCUGAGGCCUAUCCUUGCAGGUCGUUCUCUUAAGUGGAAGAAGAGUGAGAUGAGCUUGUGAGCAGGACACAUGGGCUAAAAGGGACCACAGAACCUUUGAUGGAGGGAUAACUACAGACAGAACAAGAGCACAGAGACCAGAUACGUUCGGGCUGGUGUACAUAGCAGGCAAGCAGGCAAGCAAGCGGUAGACGGAACGUAUAGACUUUGCUUAGAUUAUGGCAUUCGACGUCCAAAGGGGAAUACGGUUUUUGAGAG